AUAUGAAACAUUUUCUAUUUCAUUGAUACGAUUCAACCCUAUGCACUGAAAGUUUUAUAAUGGCUGGCAAAGGUCUCGUACCCGGUUUAACGGUAUUCUUGCAGCUUAACACCAAUCUCCAGCUAUCCAUGUCGCCAUUCUCUGUUAGCUAUCGACUCUUUGCACUCCUGCUCGCUGUUUCAACUCUGACACACGCUGGAGUUAUUGAAAAUGCUGAUUGUCCUGCAAUAGAAGACGGUGCACCUCCCACGUCUGACAUUGGUUUGUGCCCAUUCUGAUGCUAUACCCUUCCCCGUUCGAAAACAGACCCCGGAUGAUCCCUAGGGAAGCCAGGUUGCCAGAGCGUUGGUGCCAGGUUGCGAACAUGUAAUUGUGUAAUAACCCAGCGCAUGACAUGUACAAUUGGUGCAAAGGGGAAAUCCGAAACGUAACUCAGAACGCGGUGAAAAGCUGUGCGGCAAGCUUACGUACGCUGUAAGGAAUGAUGUGAAAAUCGAG